AUGAGUCUUUCCACCGACCAGGAUCAUAGCUCUUCUAGUUCUGUUGCUGAUCUAAAUGUUAUCAAUCUGGAAAAGUCGGUUGUUUGGUGUAGGGGAAACGAUAACGAAAAUAGCAAAACACCAGUUCAUGUUAUGCUGCUGGCGAAACACUCGACUGUUCUGAUGAACAUGUUCACCCUUCCUCAAACGAAUGACCCUAAUCCAGAGGGAGGGGCUGAUAAUCCCAUUGUUAUGCCUGUCCCAUGGGAGCAACUCGAGAAUAUGCUUGAAUGGAUAUUUCAUUUGUGGGAUAAGUCCAAGCUGAAAUCUGAUCGGGCAUUGUGUGAGAAGAAGUACACUAUGCUGCUUGCAACAAGUCGCCUAUUUGAUAUGCCUCGGGCUGCUGACGAUGCAAUCGAGGCAUUGGGAAACCUAUAUCUCCCCUCUUCCCGAUCCCUGCGACUUGCGAGGCAGUAUACAGUGACUGCAUGGCUCAAACCUGCCAUUCAAUACCUUCUCGAGCACCGAACACUGCAAGAUCUGACGAGCGAAGAAGCCAAUGAGAUUGGCAUAGGACUGUACUCUAUCAUAGCUCGUGCCAAGGAAGCCUGGCAAACUUACCGACUCAGUGUGGCUUAUCAACCAGUCAAUCUCGACUUUUCUGACGACGAACGAUGGGAGGAUGAAGGGGGCUGUGACAAUCACUCAGAGUGUACAGCAGCAUGGGUACCAUGGUGGUGGAGGUAUAUUGCUCGGAAGAUUAUCUAUCCUGAUGAUCCUCUUGACCUGCACGAAAUACGAACAAUUGUCACCGAAGCAAAGAUCCCUGGAAUGGCACCCAACGGCAAAGCUGCCCUCCUCCGAAGGCUUCUAUUUACCGAAUGGGAUCAUAUCUUGAAUCAUGCUGUGGAGAGGGCGACUAGACUGAUUGAAGAGCUAUAG